AUGGCCGGGGCCGAGCCGGUGCCGCGGCAGCGAUGGCUCCCGCCGGCUGCUCUCGCCGGGACGGAGGCGGCUGCUCCGUGCCCGGGACACUUCCCGGCCGUGCGGCAGCGGGCUCGGGGCCGCUGCUCGGGCGGGCGGGAGGUGUCCGUGCCCGGCUCGGGGCUGGCACGGCACGAACCUGAACGCGCCUCGGAGCCCAAAGCGCUGCAGGCGCCGAGCGUGGGCAGCAAGCGCCGCAUCCUGCGGGCUCCGGGGCCGAGGCUUCUCUGCCCUCUGUGCCAGGAGGCGCCCCGUGUUCGCAGGCAGGGAGCCCCAGCGGCCGUGCCGGCGCCCGGGGUGGCCGCGCUGCAAGGCGGCGGGGCAGGGAAUGCGGGGCACGAUGGUCAGCAGCCCAGGGCUGCUGCUUCUCGGCCCUGGGCAGGCGGACUCCGAGCCGCAGCUGCCCUGGGCCAGCAGCAGGCGGCAGCUCGCAGGCCGGCGGCUCUGUACCGCGGCACCGGCUGGAGUGAGCUCCAGUGCUCGCCGGCUCUGUGCUGCGGCACCAGCUGGAGUCAGCCCGAGUGCCCGCGGAGUCUGGCCGGGAUGGGAGCGGUGGCGGACCCCGCGUUCGGGUCAUUGCGGAGCGGAGGCGGCACCCGGAGCCCGGCGAGGGCUGGAGCGGUGCAAGGCGGCGGCGGAGCUCGGAGCGGCUCCAGCCCAGGGUGCCACCAGCGCCGCUGUAAAGCUGCUCCCGAGGCCGAGCUCCCAAAGGCUUUGCCAGCGCUCCUGAUGUCUCAGGAGCAAGGUGCUGAUUGUUCCAAGGAGAGUGAUUCUGGCUGUGAGCAGGAGGAGAGUGAAUCCUGCUCUAUUCAUGGGCUUGAGAAUGAGCCCCCGCAUCUCCAGGACGGACCAGCAGCCGGGGUUCCGCACUUGCCUGGGGCACAAGAAGCCACUCGGCACAAGCAGGGGGAUGCCCCUUGUGAGCGCGCAGUGAGUGAAGAUGUGGAGAGUAGAUUCUGCACCAGGGAUGGGAGUGUGAGGGAGCCCCUGGCUCCCCAGGGCACAUCAACAACCGGCAACAAACACAAAAGGGACCUCAGAAGAUUCCUGGGUGAACGGCUCAGGCACCAUCCUGUGGGCACGGCGCUGCUGAUCCUGCUGCUGCUGCUGCUGCUGCUGGCUCUGCUGGUGGCCUUGGCUGUGCUGGCAGCUCCGCAGGCUCCAGUGACACCUGCCACUCCACAGUGUGUUCUGGGCUGUCCCCCUGGCUGGGUUGGCUUCAACGGGGUCUGCUACUACUUCUCAAGGGAUGACGGCACCUGGGAGCAGGGUCAGGAACGCUGCUCCGAGCUGAACGCCUCCCUGGCCAUUGCCAAGGAUGAGGGGGCCAUGGAUUUGCUCUUCCGCCUCCGCGGGAACGGCGAUUACUGGCUCGGGCUGCGCAGACGGGGCCAGCGCCUGCACUGGGGGGACGGCAGCAGCUACAGCUCCCGGGUUCCUGUCCUCGGCAAUUCCGACUGCGUGUACCUGGCUGACGACUGCGUGUACCUGGCUGACGAGAGAUUCAGGAGUGGGAACUGCUCAAAUCCGCGGCCGUAUGUCUGCAGCAAGGCCCCAGCUCCCCUGUGACGGGGGCUGCAGAAAGGAGCUUCUGCACGCUGGGCAGUGCCAGCUUCCCCUCUCAGCGCAGCCCAGGGCUGUCCUUCCUCAGCUGCACCCUGUGCCUUGCACUGCCUCUCAGGGUCACCUCAGUGCCUGUCCAUCCCCAGAGCCAGCGCUGGGCUGGGGCUGCAAAGGAAACGUCUCUGCAAUCCAUCCUGCCACCCAUGCUGCCUGCAGGGAGUGCAGUGCCCUCAUCACACAA